AUUCAUCAUUCUGGCAAAACCCUCUGUACUCGGAGUCGGACAUACUACGCACAAUCUCUCUCUCUACCUUUUCUUUUCUCUCUACAUUUCUUCAAAAUCUCUGUCUUUCUCAGUGCUUUUGCUACUUGAUCUCUUCAGUGACCUGACAAUUGCAAAAUCUCCGAAGUUACUAUCUCUCUCUCUGCCUCUCUCCCUAAGAUUUGUUGGGUUCUGCUAUUUCCUCGACCGGGUCGAAUCACACUCCGUAUCUGAGAUUGGCUUUUGUUCUUGGGCGAUGUGAAGCUGCGAAUUUGAGUUGCAACAUGUGGAAGCAUUUGGUGGGGAGGGUCACUCUUUGACAAAAGAAUAAGCAGUAAAUCAUGAACUGUAAAGAUGCGAGAUCUACUUGGUCACUCCUGCUCAGUUAUUUGUUAGGGUACUGCUGGUGAGUUUAUAUUGCCAUCAAAUUUGUGAUUGCUCGUAUUAGAAAAUCAUGCGUUCAUGGUGGGCAAAGUCGUCAUCUAAAGAAACAAAGAAGAAAACAAGCAAGGAGAGUUUCAUCGGUUCAAUACAACGGAAAUUUAAGGCUCCAUCUGAAAGUAAACAUGCUAGUAGAUCAGGAGGGUCUCAAAGACACAACAAUUACACAGUUUCAGAAAAGGGGUCACCUUCUCGAGCAGAGUCAAGGUCAUCACCACCUUCUAAACAAGUAUCAAGAUGUCAAAGUUUUAUUGAAAGGCCUUGUGCCCAGCCACUUCCAGUCCCAGGUCUGUACCCUGUUACUGUAGGUCGCACAGAUUCUGGAAUCAGCAUAUCAGCAAAACCAAGAUUGGAGAAAGUCUCCAAGCCAUCAUCAUUUCUGCCUCUCCCAAGACCAGGAUGCAUCCGGAGCAGGCCAGAUCCUACAGAUAUAGAUGGAGAUAUAGUCAUUGUUUCUUUUUCUAGUGGGUGCUCCAUUGAUAGUGAUGAUCCAGCUGACUCACAACAGCGUAGCCCCCUGGCAUCUGACUAUGAAAAUGGCAGCAGAACUGCUUUGGAGAACCCUUCCAUCAUUGUGGCAAAAGACCAGUCCUCUAUCACAGAAGCAAAGUUGAAGGAGGCCAUAAGGCCAGCAAAUCAGACCUCUCCAUCAUCACCUAAACGAAGGCCUUUGAACAAUCAUGUGCCAGAUUUGCAUGUUCCUUACCAUGGUACUUUCUGCGGUGCUCUGGAUAGCUCAAUGUCAAGUCCUUCCAGAAGUCCAAUGAGAGCAUGUGGCACUGAGCAAGCCACAAACUCUGGUUUGUGGACUGGAAAAAUGUAUCCAGAUCUUCCUUUACUUGGAUCUGGUCAUUGCUCCAGCCCAGGCUCAGGGCAGAAUUCUGGUCAUAAUUCAAUGGGAGGUGAUAUGUCUGGACAACUGUUUUGGCAGCCCAGCAGGGGUAGCCCAGAGUAUUCACCAAUACCUAGUCCCAGAAUGAAUAGUCCUGGGCCCAGCUCGAGAAUUCAAAGUGGUGCUGUCACACCUCUUCAUCCUAGGGCUGGAGGAGCUACUGAUGAGGGGAAACAACAGAGUCACCGGUUGCCUCUUCCUCCUGUGAUAAUCUCAAACUCUUCUCCUUACUCUCAUUCAAAUUCAGCAGCAACAUCUCCUAAAAUGCCACGAAGUCCAGGAAGGGCAGAGAAUCCAAUCACUCCUGGUUCCCGGUGGAAAAAGGGAAAGUUGCUGGGUAGGGGCACAUUUGGCCAUGUUUAUGUUGGUUUUAACAGAGAAAAUGGUGAGAUGUGUGCAAUGAAGGAGGUGACGCUAUUCUCAGAUGACCCAAAGUCAAAGGAAAGUGCAAAGCAGCUGGGACAAGAAAUCGCUUUAUUGAGUCGCCUAAGCCAUCCUAAUAUAGUGCAAUAUUACGGGUCUGAAGCGGUAGGUGAUAAACUUUAUAUAUAUUUGGAGUAUGUAUCUGGUGGUUCUAUCUAUAAGCUUCUUCAAGAAUAUGGACAGUUCGGUGAAUUAGCAAUUCGAAAUUAUACUAAACAAAUCCUGUCAGGGCUUGCGUAUUUACAUGCCAAAAAUACUGUCCAUAGGGAUAUCAAAGGAGCAAACAUCCUUGUAGACCCAAAUGGUCGUGUAAAGUUGGCAGAUUUUGGAAUGGCAAAGCAUAUAACUGGGCAGUCCUGUCCUUUGUCAUUUAAGGGGAGCCCUUACUGGAUGGCACCUGAGGUUAUAAAAAAUUCAAAUGGUUGCAACCUUGCCGUUGAUAUAUGGAGUCUUGGAUGCACUGUUUUAGAAAUGGCUACCACGAAGCCACCAUGGAGUCAGUUUGAAGGGGUUGCUGCUAUGUUUAAGAUUGGUAAUAGUAAAGACCUUCCUGCAAUUCCGGAUAACCUCUCAGAUGAGGGAAAGGAUUUUGUGAGGCAGUGUUUGCAACGCAAUCCGUUUCAUCGUCCUACGGCUGUUCAGCUUUUGGACCAUCCUUUUGUGAACAAUGCUGCACCAGUAGAAAAACCAAUUAUGGGUCCUGAGCUUGCAGAUCCUCCUGUUGGGAUUACAACUGGAGUGAAAUCUCUGCAAUUUCGGGGUACUGCACAUCCGAGAAAUUUUUCAAACACGGAUUCAGAAAGACUUGCUAUCCAUUCGUCCAGAGUUUCGAAGCGAUCUGGUCUCCGUUCCAGUGAAAUUGAUAUUCCAAGGUAUAUUUCAUGCCCAGUCUCUCCAAUUGGGAGCCCUCUUUUACAUCCAAGAUCACCGCAACAUUUGUCUCCUUCACUUAUUUCUAGCCCGCAUACCACAUCAGGUUCCUCUACCCCACUCACGGGCAGCAGUGGGGCCAUCCCAUUUCAUUACCUAAAUCACUCAGUUUAUUUACAAGAGGGUUUUGGAAGCAAGGCAAAGCCCCCAGAGAGUCCCCAUAUCAAUAGCUCCUCCUAUCAUAGUCCAAACCAUGACAUCUUUCGAGGUAUGCAGCCGGGAUCUCACAUUUUUCAGGAAUUUUUGUCUGGUGGAAGUGAGGCUCUUGGAACGCAGUUUGGAAAGCCUAUUAUUGGGGAACUACACGAUGAACAGUCAGUCUUGGCUGAUCGUGUCAGCCAACAGCUAGUGAGAGAUCAUGUUAACUUGAGUCCAUCCCUUGACCUCAGUUCUUACUCUCUGUUGUCGUACCAGACGAGAAUCUAACCUCAUUUGUUGUCAUGGAUCAUCACUCUGGCAAGCUUGCUAGAUUUGGAUUCAGGUUCCAAGAUAAAUUUGUUUGCCAGGAUACUGACUGCAGAAGAAGCUAACAUGUAUAGUAUGGAGCCAAGAUGAAAAAAGCCAUAUGUUUUGAGAUCUUUGGAAGAUUUUAUGGGCGGGUUCUUAUGGUGUUGGAUUGACCAUAUUAGGGUGCCUCAAAUUAACCAGGAGGAAUAAUCUGCUACGAUGAAUGUGUAACGCAUCACGCCUGUUGAGUGAAGCCUGCAAACUGCAAUCCAUGUUGACAAACAAAGGCUAGUUGGGCACGCAUAGUUCUUGUAUGGCGUUGCAUCGGCUUGUACAGAGUUGAGAGCUUAGGCUUCCAUCCUUUUGACGCUUGACUGAUCUGAAUUACAAAUGUAUAGCUGAUCUAUCCUUCACAAGAUUCUUGUGUUAUUAGAACAAAUUGUAAGUUGCAUCAUUUCAGGAACAAAGCAAGCUGGAGAAUAAUUAGUUC